GAGGAUCAUAUCUUAGCGACGCGGGAAGUCCAGACACCAGAACUGUCUGGAGACCUGAAAAGGAGGGUCGGGCCCCAGCGUUGGCAAUGGCGGAGAGGCCCGAGGACCUAAAUCUGCCCAACGCCGUCAUUACCAGGAUCAUCAAGGAGGCGCUCCCGGACGGUGUCAACAUCUCCAAGGAGGCCCGAAGCGCCAUCUCCCGCGCCGCCAGUGUCUUCGUUUUGUAUGCCACAUCCUGUGCCAAUAACUUCGCCAUGAAAGGAAAGCGCAAGACUCUUAAUGCCAGUGAUGUGCUGUCAGCCAUGGAAGAGAUGGAGUUCCAGCGGUUCAUAACACCAUUGAAAGAAGCUCUAGAAGCAUACAGGCGGGAGCAGAAAGGCAAGAAGGAAGCUUCAGAGCAAAAGAAGAAAGACAAAGACAAAAGAGAUUCUGAAGAGCAAGACAAAAGCAGAGAGGAAGAGGAUGAAGAUGAAGAAAGACUGGAUGAGGAAGAACAGAACGAAGAGGAGGAAAUAGACAACUGAGUGGAGAGAGUGGGCAGACUGUGGCAUGGUGGAAGGGACCCUGAGAUCCUGAGAUGUGCUUAUGUGAAGCCUCUUCCUGUGAGGCCGAGCCAUCCUCGUCACUGGUGCCUGAGAUCAAAAUAAAAACUGACCAGAAAGAACAAAACCAGCUCUUCCCAGACUGAGAGCGUCUGAGUGACAGAAACCGGUUUUGCUUCAUCAGUCUGCAGGUUGUGACUUUUUAGUAUAAGGGAUUCUGAUUGACUACAUAGUUUGGUAUUGCUUGUUUACUUAAAAAGUAUAUGGCUAGCUAGUUUUUGAUCCCAUUUCCCUGCCCCUCUGAAAAAGUAAUAACAUCCAUGUUGCCUGCUGUGUUCCAAGUCACAGAGGCACUAAAGGCUCAGGGGGGAAAGUGGGGCUUUGCUAAUGGUCACCCAGUGUAACUGUACAGUAAUUGACAAUAAGUACUAAUGCUCAGAAUGGUUGCUCUUUUGGAAAUGACUGAAAAGCUGUGAGCGAAUACAGAAAUCUCUUCACUUGA